AUGGAAGGAGGUGUGAUAUCGCGAGCGAGCGAUAUCGCGAACUCCCGCGCAGCCAUGAGCGGGAUCACCCCGGCGGAACACCAAGGUGCCCGCUCACUGACGACGCGAAAUCUCCUAACCCUGAGUUCUAUCGUCACUGGGUCACUCAGCUUUUAA